CUGGCGACGCGAGGAGCGCGUCCGGACGGUUUUCCUUCUGACGCGAGGUGCGAACUGCUUCUAGCGGAACCAACCCGUCGCUUGUGACAAACUCGCUGUGAUAAUCAUCGACACCUCUGGUGUUGCUGUCGCUAUCAAUGUCGAAGCAAUUACUGACUGCCUGCGCAGCAGCUCCCAACGAACAGCGGAGCCCGCCGGCCAGCCAGCCCAGCCCCGUGUGCUAGUGAGAGAAAGAGAAAGAGAGAGGGAGAGAGAGAGGGGGGAGGUACAAAAAAAAACAAGAAAUACGUGUCACUAAAAUUGCACACAGAUUUGGAUUUCAGCUGCUUGUGAGAUAAACACGGAUUAGUCGUCUUGCAACAGGGGGAUUACGUUUCCGGUUUUAAAGGAACUGAACAUUCUCCCAGUAUCAGGUUUUUUGUUUUAAUUCUUUUAAAAUCUUUUCAUUUAUUCCCGCCUACAGCCCGGUUUGGAUUAUUUCAUUGUCGUUACGGCUGCCAGAGAGAGUACAGGGAGACGGUUGUUUCUCAGAAUAGUGCUUUAAUCUUUCGGUGCAAAAACAAAAUUGCUUUAAAACAUUAGUUCUCUGGGGUCCAUUCAGAGGAAAAGUGUGUUCUUCACCGGAAAAUUAAUCCUCUCAAGAUUGUGUUAUAAGAGGUGCAUCGAGGAAAAGCGGAUUGCGUUACCGAGGAUGAUCUCGGAUUGCGGACAACAAAAAGCGGCGGAAUAUGAUCCUAGACCGUUGGACAGUUGUCGGGGAACCACAGAGAUUCUGGACCCGUUCUGCUAGUCAGACGCCCAAUAAAAUAUGUGACAGGAGUGAAUUUAAUUAUUGAAACACCUAAAAUCAUCUGAAGAGAACUGGAAUAGAUUUGAUGGUUUUUAUCUCUGGGUGAACAUUUUUUGCUUUAAACUUUCCUGUCACAACUGUCUGGAGGUAAAAUCGGAUUAUAAACAUUGUACUCUGCAAACAAUUGGAGUUUACUUUUUGUCGGUGAUAUGUUGUAUCAACAAAACAUCUGAUUACAAGUGAGAUAUCAUUGUGCUUUGCUUCCAAUUCGAUUCAAGGCUAGUGUGAAACAUACAGUUUCUGUAAUCAGUGUCAGAAGUUAGUGCAUAAAUUGUUGAAUUCUGUAGAUUUUCAGUAUGUUCAGCCCGCAGAUUUCAACAUAGGAUUUGAACCUUCUGCUUCCAAGUUGAGACUAAAGCACUUACCCCGGACUAACAAAAUGGAUUACUUGAACGCGCUCGCACUUCGAGAAAAGGCUAGCCAGUCGAGCCGAGCGGCGAAGGGCCCGCCUAGCCUAGCUGCAUGGAAGGGUAUGGGUCCCUGUGGCUACCAUAAGCCACGAUCGCUCGCUACAAUCUCCAUUGGAUAUUUACUGAUACUUCUAGGCGCUCUGUUCAUGUCAGUGGAAAGUUUCCCCCAGGGCGAGGACUGCCACGUGGAGCGCUGCUCUGACGAGUACGAGAGCGCCCGGCAGGACCUAGGCAUCGACGGGCCCGGGCCUCACGACAACACGCUGAUGUGCACCGUGCUCCGCACCUACCGGCACUGCAUGAUCACCACCCCAGGCUGCCAGGGCGAGAUCUCCUACUACAGUCUCCGCAGCAUCGUCCGCCGGCUCAUGGACGAGCAUAACUGCACCACAGUGGGACAGACUGUGGAGCCGUCGGAGACCAAGCCCAGGCCCCCCAUGGUGCCGGCGAUCUGCCUCUACAAGGGGAAGCCUGUCUACAGACACUGCAGUCUCUUCGGAGACCCGCACAUCAGGACGUUUUACGAAGAAGCGCAAACGUGUAAAGUGAAAGGGGCCUGGCCUCUGGUAAACAACGACUACCUCAUCGUGCAAGUGACCAAUGACCCUGUGGAAGGGAAUACAGAUGCCACUGCCACCAGCAAGCUCACUGUGAUAGUCAAGGGCAACCCCGAGUGCACCUCGGCGAACUUCCAGACGUACCAGGCCCAGAGCAACUCUCUGCCCGGGACGUUCGAGAACGGUCACGUGACCUAUGGUCCGUACGGCAGCCUGGAGUUGAUCGAGGUGGAGCCGGGCCGGCACGUGGAGAUCCACAUCCGGUACAUCGAGACGGUGGUGAUCGUAAGGCAGAUCGGCCGCUACUUCACCUUCUCCAUCAAGAUGCCCGAGGAGCUGGUCAACAAGACCGCCGGCUUGCCUGGAGACGUGUCCAAUGACCUUGACCUCUGCGUCCGCGGCUGUCCGCUCUCGGAGCAGAUUAACUACCAGGAGUACCUUGCUAAGCGUCGCUUCGCGAGGCCGUCUCAAACGCGCACGUCGGUUUCGUCUUCGUCCUCAUCUUCUUCGUCAUUGUCAGACUCUAGUGAUGCUAAGUACAGCAGUGACGGCAACAGCCCGGGCGAGCCGUUGGUGUCCCGCGCGUACGCGGAGAAAGUGUGUCGUGCGUCCAAGCUCGUGGACUUCUACUUUGACUCGUGUGUCUUCGACCUGAUGGCCACGGGCGACGAGAACUUCACGCUGUCCGCUCUGAGCUCCUUACAGGACGUGGUCAAGUUCCACCCGUCCGCCGCGCGGACAAUGGACAACCGGACCACCCUGGACCUCUACGACAAACAGUAUGGCAACGGCGCCUCCGGGCUUCUGUGGUCGUCUUCACAACGUUGUGGGUAUUGCAGGACUGGUGUUUGUUUUGGCUGCCAGCGGCAACAGUGGACGCUCUUUCUAUUGUGUUUGACGUUGUUAAUCACAGCCGUGUGUUCUAGGUGAGCAGGAUAGAAUCCAUGGAGACGAUUGUGUAGUGAAGAAGAAUACCUCUGAUUCCUGUCUUUUGUGAGUUUGUCCACGUGAGUGAUUAGGUGUCGUGUCCUAUGGAUGCUGUGUUGCGUGUUCUUGUCGUAUGCUCGGAAUGGAUUACUGGAUUACUACAACUCUUCAUGGAUGGAUGGAUACAUGAGUGGGUGGAAGGCUGAGCAGCGGUUGUGACUAGGGUUCUGCUGACAAAGUCUGAGGGAGAGUGAGAGAGAUUUCAUGGAUUCUUAAAAGUGGUUACGCGUCUUGUGAUAUUUGAGUUGUCGUCGUUUCAAGAAAAACUGCAGUUCAUCGCUCUUUGCUAUUUUUUUCAAAUGAUCUCGGACUUACAGACUUCACACUUGGCAUGCUUUGUGUAAACACCUUCUUCAACAGUGCAGUCCCAUCUGGAGGAAGGAUGUUCACCUAGCGUCCCUGAACGAACUGAAAUACAUCAUUGAUGUAUGUGUGGGGAGCUGUCUGUACUGUAUAUGUGCACAUAAACUUCAAUUAAUUUGUCACAGUUACAUGCGGGUAAAUAUGCACAUUUUGGGAGGAAAGGAGGCCCAAAGUCAUCAAAUAAAUAUAUGUAAACUUACAAACAACUUUUUGGGGUCUCUGAGAAAGAAUUUGUUGAGGUGCGAGGGGGGGGGGCGCUAGGAGAAAUACCGAAGUGACGUUGGUGUGAUGUAAAAUGCCUGCAUAUAAGAUGUUUUUACUUUUACAUUUUCAUAUUUAAAUGGCACAGAGUAUGUGUGUUAAGAUGUACGGCAUGGGAGUUGUGCAUGUUAAGUUUCAGCGUUGUCGCUGUCUGUGGAGAUUGGAGAUUCUGGUAUGGUGGACAGAUGAUUUCUGAAGGAAUUCGGAAUAAUAAAUCAUGUUUUCAACAUUGUCGUCGCCCCAUGGGGCUGUUUGGUUAUGUCCGUAAGAAGAACACGAAUUUCUUGUUCACAUGGAUCUUUACAGCGAGCCUCAUUGGUCAAUAUGUUUGGAUUGGAGGGGGGAGGUAUUUUUUUAUGCUAUGCUAAAUAAGAAGAGAGUUUUUCAGAAUGUGUUGGUGUUUGUUCCAUUGAUGGUGGUGAUCUUUACGGGGAAGGGGGCGGGGUAGCUUUGUCUUUGUCCGGGUUGUUCAUAUUUUUAGGGUUUCAACGGUGUUCGCAUUGACGUCAAUUCAUUUCAGCAUGUGCUACCAGAUUGGUCAGCACUUGUUGGGAGCGAGGGGCCACUUUGUUUAUUGGCGAGUUAUAUUUGUUUCAGCGAGAAGGUGUCUCUCUCUCUCUCUUUGAAAAAAGGUCUUUCGAGUGUCUGAUGGGAUCCCUUCAUACUUUCUAUUACUGUGGAUUCGUUUGUUUGUUUAGAAUGGGUUUUUGUUUGCAAAGGUAUUUUAAACGGAUUUUAUUAGAAAGGCAGGGGAGGGGGGGUCGUUUUCAGUGUAAUAGUCCAGCUUUUGU